CUGUCGUGCUGCAACCGACCGCGUUCGCGCGCGCUCACAAACAUCAGUUAACCGUCGCAAAUAUCUCGCUUUACUAUGUCAUUAUUUAAAAACUAUUUAUGUGUCCAUAUUGCCUUAGACCCGGAGCGGAGAACGCUCUAAUAAAUUCUUGAAGUGACAGUCAACUUGGAAGUCCUGGCGUAAUGCGUCGAUGUAUCGAGAGAUGGCGUUUUUCCGGCAAUCUUCGCCGUUGGACCGGCGACGAAAGAUCGAGUGGAAGGUUGAGGUUGGGGAUCUCCCCGACUACAUCUUCGUGCCAUAUGAAAAGCACUUAAGCCACAGCAAAUACGAACGCGAGGACGUGCAGAAGAAAACUUUCGCCAAAUGGAUCAACUCGCAGCUGGUCAAGAACAACAAGCCGCCGGUGCAAGACCUGGUGCAAGAGCUGCGCGACGGCGAGGUGCUGCUGGCGCUGCUCGAGAUACUCACCGCUCAGCGCUACAGGCGCGAGCGCGGCCGCAUGCGAGUGCACCAGCUGAACAACGCGAACGCGGCGCUGCGCGCGCUCGAGGCGGCCGGCGUGCGCCUCGUCAACAUCAGCGGCGCCGACAUUGUCGACGGCAACGCCAAGCUCAUCCUCGGUACGCUAUCACUAUUGCAAUCGCCAUCGCCGUUGCCAUAGUCCCACCCCCACCGC